UCCCAAUAAAAGCAAGGGGCGCGUUUAGUGGUUGGUGGUGUGUCGUCGCUUGCUGGUUUCCGGUUUUCCGUUUCUGAAGCUUUUCCCCUUCUUCUUCCCUGUUCUUCUUCUUCCUCCUCUCGUCUCGUCUGUGUGUUGUUUCUGUUGUUGUUCUAGUUGUUAAAGAAAGAGUAAGGGGAUGGAGGUACUAUCUCGGUCGGCUACAUCUGGUCUGAACCCGGACGCACCGCUGUUCGUGCCGUGGGCGUACCAGGCGGUGGAAGAUUUCUCAAAGGAGUGGUGGGACCUCAUCCAGUCGUCCGCCUGGUUCCGCGACUACUGGCUCGAGGAGAGGUUCGACGAAGAGGCAGAUGCCGUGGAAGAGAUGAAAGAAGUCGCCGACGUCGUUGAUCUGGACGAUGAGUUCGCUGUUCUCGGUGAACAAGACGCGUUUCUCCCCGAUAUGGCGACGGAUCUCAGCGGCCUUGAAGGCGCUAACGGGAAGGACAACGAUUGCAGGGAAGUGGUGUCUCUCGCGGGGUUGAAAUGGAAGGAGAGUCGGAACGGGGGUGAGAAGGUGAAGAAGGUCGUGGCGGAGAAGGCGCCCAAGAUUGUGAACGUGAAGCCGAGCCCUCGCCUGAUCCACCAGCCCCGGUGAAGCAGGGAGACCAGCUUUUGAUGAUGCCUCCUACCCUCCCCUUUGCACGGGAACUAGGCGAAGGAGUCUUCUUCUUUCUGUGCAUAUUGUAUCCGUUUGGUUGAUCGCUCAUGUUGCUUUUCCAUCUCUCUGCUUUGUCGGCUAAAUCAUAGUUGUAACCGCUUCAAGGGAAAAAUGGAAAAAAAAUUGUAAAUUUUGGAGACGGAGAAAUGCGCCCUUUUGGGUCCUGUAUCUCCUCUUUCAGCAUCAUCUCUCUCUGUCUAAGAAAAUAGGUUAAGAUCCUUCUCUUA